GAUUAAUUCAACUCAUGCAUUAUCAUAUACGAACUCUCCCACUAUAUUUUAAUCGUGCCAAGUUUGGACUUUUUCAAUUUAUUUGUCAACAUAUUCGAGGCUGAACUGAAUAGGCCUCACGUUGACAAAUUCGAUCGUGAAAUUUACAGCUCCCUUUCCCUUCCCUUCCCUUGCUUGAAAAGAAUAAAAUAAAUAUAUCCAUCCAUUUCUCUGCACAUCUCCAUUUUGUUCCAAUGGGGCUGUGCGUGAGCAAGGAGAAGCAUGCAAAGCCCAACGGCAACCAUCACCACCAAACUCCCAUACAGUACACGAUGUCGCCGGGGUACGCGGCGCAGCUAGUGGCCGCGCCGCCGCCCCCGCCGGCGCCGGCGAAGACGAUCCUAGGGAAGGCGUACGAGGACGUGACGGUGCAAUAUAGGCUGGGGAAGGAGCUGGGGCGAGGGCAGUUCGGCGUGACGUAUCUGUGCACGGAGAUAGCGACGGGGCAGCAGUUGGCGUGCAAGUCGAUAUCGAAGAAGAAGCUGGUGACGAGGAGCGACAAAGAGGACAUGAGGAGGGAGAUUCAGAUCAUGCAGCAUCUCAGCGGCCAGCCCAACAUCGUGGAGUUCAAGGGCGCCUACGAGGAUAAGCACUCCGUGCAUCUCGUCAUGGAGCUCUGCGCCGGCGGGGAGCUCUUCGACCGGAUCAUCGCCAACGGUCACUACACCGAGAGUGCCGCCGCCGCGAUCUGCCGGAGCAUCGUCGGCGUUGUUCAGAUUUGCCAUUUUAUGGGCGUCAUGCAUCGCGAUCUCAAGCCCGAGAACUUCUUGCUCUCGGAUAAGGGCGACAAUGCUCUCUUGAAAGCCACCGAUUUCGGCCUCUCCGUAUUCAUUGAAGAAGGAAAGACAUACAAGGAUGUAGUGGGCAGCGCUUAUUAUGUGGCUCCAGAAGUGCUGCGUCGCAAAUAUGGAAAGGAAGUUGAUAUCUGGAGUGCCGGAGUCAUGCUUUACAUAUUACUCAGCGGUGUACCUCCCUUCUGGGGCGACAGUGAGCGCGCCAUAUUUGAUGCCGUCUUGAGAGGAAAUGUGGAUUUCGAAACAAAACCAUGGCCAUCAAUAUCACAGAGUGCCAAGGAUCUUGUCCGUAGAAUGCUCACGCACGACCCAAAGAAGCGAAUUACUGCUGCCCAAGUUCUUGAGCAUCCAUGGAUUAAAGAAGGCGGGGAAGCAUCUGAUAAACCAAUAGACAGCGCGGUUCUCUCUAGGAUGAAGCAAUUCAGAGCAAUGAACAAACUUAAAAAGCUAGCACUCAAGGUAAUAGCAGAGAAUCUAUCUGCAGAGGAAAUACAUGGGCUGAAAGCAAUGUUCACAAAUAUGGACACUGACAAAAGCGGCACCAUCACUUAUGAAGAACUUAAAGCCGGUUUAGCUAGACUCGGCUCUAAACUCACCGAGACUGAAGUUAGGCAGCUCAUGGAUGCCGCUGAUGUGGAUGGAAAUGGGACGAUAGACUACAUUGAGUUCAUAACAGCCACAAUGCACAGACACAGAUUGGAAAGAGAGGAAAAUCUUUAUAAAGCAUUCCAAUACUUUGACAAAGAUAAUAGUGGGUUCAUCACAAGAGAUGAACUGGAAACAGGUAUGCAAGAACACGGGAUGGGAGAUCCAGCAACAAUAAAGGAGAUAAUUGCUGAAGUGGACUCAGAUAAUGAUGGAAGAAUUAAUUAUGAAGAGUUCUGUACUAUGAUGAGAAGUGGAAACCAGAAUCAAGCCAAGCUCUAGUAGUUGAUGAUAAUCCCUCCCUCUAUCAUCUGCUGCAACUUAUGCCAAAUGUAUCAUACCUCCUACAUUAUACAAAUCCUUAUUAAUCCUGUUUCAGAAUAUACUAUUUUUUUGUCUUCCACUUAUACACAAAUAAGAGUAUAUAUGCAACAAACAUCA